UUCAUAGAGGAUGCUGUUUACAUGGAUGAUGAAAAGGAAAUAGAAGAAUAUGUAAUGAAUGACGUUGGUGUCGUUUUUCAUGGAGAACUGAAUAAUAUCAAGAGACGACCCUGGGAGUAUGGACAGUUUGAAGAGCAGAUACUUGAUGCUUGCCUGUAUUUAAUGGACAAAGCUGAAUUAGAUCUCUCAGGAAGAGGAAACUCUAUCAAGAUCAGUCGUGUUGGAUCAGCAAUUAUAAAUGCCAGAGAUGACAGUGGUGUGGUUGCGGGAAAUUGGAAUAAUGAUUACACUUACGGUGUUGCUCCAUCUGCUUGGACUGGAAGUGUAGACAUCCUACUAGAAUUCUUAAGUUCUAGCUUACCAGUUAAAUAUGGACAGUGUUGGGUCUUCGCUGGAGUAUUUACUACAUGUAAGCACUGAAUAAUACACGCAAUCUUCUCUACAGGUUUUUUACUAAAAUGCUAUGCAUCUCUCUUACUUGUAUAUUAUGUGAAAACAGUAAUA